AUGGGUACAUCCGCAUCCUCCACGGGAAACGCAGCAGAGCUCAAGGGGCUAGUAUUAGCGCUACAAAUGGUUUCCGACAUACAUAAAUCGUCCAACCGCCCUGUUAAAUGCGCCAUGUUCACCGACAACCAAGUCGCCAUCCAAGCGUUACAAAACCCCAAGUGCCCGUCAGAAUAACACAUCCUCGUCGAGGCGAUACGAGCACUCGAAGGAGUCUGUAGCCGAGGAUGGGAAGUCCAUUUUCGCUGGAUCCCGGCGCAUGUCGGUGUGCACGGCAACGAAAUGGCGGAUCAAGUAGCCAAAGAAGCCGCCGGAGCCGAAGCAUGUACGGACAUUCACGGCAACCACGAAAACUAUCAUCCGCCGGGCAAUGAAAUACAAGUGUUGCAGGCUGCUUGCCAUACUUGGGGCGGCUGGCGAAUGGGGAGCAAGGUCGAUCAUGGUCGGUGGUGUCCUGGGCUUCCUCGGUGACGGGCUCGCCGCCCACGUCGAUCGUUCGUUCGGAUCCUUUUAGGUGUACCUUUCGCAUGCGGAGCGAGCACCAGGUUGCGUUUUGAUCUUUCCAGCCGUUGAUGCGCCAGUGGGUGUCAUCGAAUGUGGGCCAGUCAACGGUGGCCGUUGUUGGGUGGCGGCAACGCGACUACCUAACAAGGUUAAUAAGGUAACAAACGUGGUUGAAGCGGCGGCCCCCAACCACUACCUCGUCCGCUUUCGACCUUUCGAGACAGAUGUCGCUUCGCGAAUCCCGUCGAUCGUAACAAGGGUUGUCGGCCUCGAAGGUCAUGAUCAAACAGGUGCGUGAGCCCGGCUUUCUUUGCGGAUUCUGCGCACGUAAAUUGAUGCGACGGUCGUGACGGGCGUCAGCGCACGGGGUGGGUAUUAUCCAGGCUGCUGACAAGGCCCAGGCCCCCUCGGUCGUUUGCUGAUGACAUGGUACUGGCGGAGGACGCGCGCAAGGCAGAUUUCGACGCGCUUGCUGUU